AUGCCUCCCGCAAUUUCCGACGACGAGAGAUCCGACCCUCUUUCGGGUGACGACGAGGUCUUGCCCCCGAAGAGACCUGCACCCAAAAAGCCCCACAGCAAAUCAAAGUCAAAGGCCGUUGAGAAAGAAGAGGUCGAUGAAGAAAUGGCCGACGUCAAGAACGGACACGUCGAGGCAGACAACGACGACGACGACGACGAGGAAGAAGACAAUGCCGAUGAAUAUGUCGUCGAGAAGAUCAUGAAGCACGCCUUUGACAACGGAAAAGAUUGUCUAUACGAGGUCAAGUGGCUUGGUUACGAGAACGUCGAAGACAGGACUUGGGAACCGGAAGAGAAUCUUGAGGGCGCUAUGGACGUCCUACAAGCCUACUGGGACAGCAUUGGCGGCAAGCCUACAGCCAAACCAAAGACACCUGCAAAGAAGGGCACCAAGAGAAAGGCCGCUACAGCUCAGAACACACCCGAAGUUGCUUCUUCGUCCACCACAAAAAAGCGUGGAAGAAAUUCCGUCAAGACAGCCGAGGAACAGCCCGAGCAUGCCAAGAUGUCAUCACUGCCUGAGGGCUCCUGGGAGGACCAUGUUCAGCUCAUCGAUGCUGUUGAGCAGGCAGGAGAUGGUGACAGCAAGGGCGACUUGGUCGUAUACCUGCUCUGGGAAGAUGGCAAACAAACUCAGCACUCAGUAAAGGUGUGCAGACAAAAGUGCCCGCAAAAGCUUCUCGACUACUACGAGUCGAAACUGUUCGUCGACCACUCCAAACCAAAGACCCGCCGAAGACGUUCCACUAACAAGGUCCAGGGUCUUCAAGACGAGCAUGGAUACGGAUGA